UACUAAUUUUUACAAAUUUGACAAGCGCAGGUAAGAUAGACUGAUAGAGAGUUGGGGAGAAGGUCAAAGUGCGAUGGUCAGAGCGCUGCCGGAUCUUAUCGCCGGCGUUGUAUCGCUGUCUCCGGCGAACUGGUGGGACGAGAUCAAUGAAUCAGUUGAAUGGCAAGAUGGAAUCUUCUAUUCACUCUGCGGUGCCUUUGCACUCGUCUCCGCCGUUGCCCUUAUUCAAUUGAUAAGAAUUGAACUGAGAGUGCCAGAGUUUGGCUGGACAACACAAAAGGUCUUUCAUCUUAUGAAUUUCAUUGUAAAUGGAGUUCGUGCUAUUGUCUUUGGAUUUCACAAACAAGUGUUUCUUUUCCAUCCCAAGGUGCUUACUUUGGUAAUGUUGGACCUCCCUGGGUUGCUUUUUUUCUCAACUUAUACACUUCUUGCCCUAUUCUGGGCAGAAAUAUAUCGCCAGGCUAGAAGUUUGCCAACUGAUAAGCUCAGAUUGUUUUAUAUUUCAAUCAAUGCUGGAAUAUACAUCAUACAGGGUGGUAUAUGGGUGUACCUUUGGAUUAAUGACAAUAGUGCCAUUGAGUUUAUUGGAAAGAUAUUUAUCGCGGUUGUUUCAUUCAUAGCAGCGUUGGGUUUCUUACUUUAUGGAGGAAGGCUGUUUUUCAUGCUGAGACGCUUUCCUAUUGAAUCCAAAGGGAGAAGAAAGAAGCUUCACGAGGUUGGAUCCGUGACAGCCAUAUGUUUCACCUGUUUCGUCAUAAGAUGUUUUGUGGUAAUAUUUCAAUUUAUCUUUUGCACUGCUAUUCCUCUAGAUAUGUGGUUUAACUUACGGAAUCCCAGCUUUAGACAUGUCCUACUUCCGGUUCUCAUGUCUCUGCAGGUUGUGCUGUCUGCUUUCGAUUCUGAUGCAACACUCGAUGUAUUGGACCAUCCAGUUCUGAAUCUGAUAUAUUACGUGCUAGUGGAGAUUCUUCCUUCGGCUCUCGUUCUCUACAUCCUGCGUAAACUGCCCCCGAAACGAGUAUCUGCACAGUACCACCCCAUCUGUUAGCUGCAUUUUUACGGUCCUCAGAGGGAAGUAUUAUUUGUUUUCCCAUGGUUGUGGCGUUUGAAGUUAGAUCAGGAACGAGAACCCCGGUGGGAGCUUGUUUUUCUCGAACAUGUGAAGCUUAAGCUACUAUUAACGCGUAUUUUUCUCGUUUCUCUGUGGCGUGGAAUAUGAGCUGCGUGUGUGUGUGUUAGCAUUUUGGAAUUUCAGUUGUUCAUCAAGAUUCAAGCUAAUGCCCGUAGAAUCAUUGCUGUAAUGUUCAUAUAGGAUGGUGUGGGCUUUCUUUUGCCUCUUGUAGUUGUACACUCUCAGUGUAACUUGAUGAACUUGGCUGCCUGCUGAAAGACUGACUUUGCAAUUGUUCAUGUUUCUCCCAAGUGCAAAAACUCAUUCUGUCA